AGAGGGCGGAAAAAGAAAAGGGAAAUCCAAACCCUAAACCCCGCCGCCGCUUCCACCCGUCGCCCGCCGUCGAGAGCAAAGGAGGCGGCGAUGGCGAAGAAGCUGGGGAAGAAGGCGCGCAAGUUCGCGCGCAAGAACCUGCAGUCCGCCGCCAAGCGCAACCGCAAGAUCCGGAACCAGUUCAACCACCGCCGCCCCCGCAGAGGUGGGAGCGGCGCUCGGGAGGAUGGAGACGAGGACUUGCUUCAGCGGGUCGACGAUGCCUCCACCAUGGCCACCAAUGAUGCUGCUGAUGCUUUGAUCAGUGGCCUUGAGUUUCCAGAGGAUGAUGUUGAAAUAGACGCAGAUCUAUCUGACAGUGAUGGCUAUCUUUCAGAGGACCCUGGGUGUCCGUACUAUUCUGACGGUGAGGAUGGAGAUGAUGUCAAAGAUUGUAUCAUGCAAGAUGGUUUGGACAAACAGAACGAUGAUAUGAAUCUGGAUAUCAAAAAACAAAAGAAAAAGCUGAAGAAGUUGCUGGAUAAGGAUCCUGAGUUUGCAAACUUCCUUGAAAAGUGGCAAGCAGAGUUGGAGAGCUACAGAAGUAAAGAAGACUCUGAUGAAGAAGAUGGGAUGGAUGCUAUGGAUGAUGAUGAUGACUCUAAUGAUGGAAAUUAUCCAAAUGCUAAGAUCCUUACAAGCAAGACUAUAAGUGAAUGGUGCCAGUUAGUGUCAAAGGAACCUAAAUCACCUGCACUACGUAAUCUGCUAAAUGCUUUUCGGGAUGCUUGUCAAUAUGGUGUUCACUCCGAUAGCCCCUCGAUGCAGAGAUUUCAAAAUACCAGAGUGUUUUAUCAGAUAAUAACAUUUGUCCUUUCUGAGUCAGACAACCUUUUUCGUGCUCUUUUGGAAAUUCCGGAUGAUGCCAACAAAGGGAGAAUUAUGAAUCUGAAAAAUUCAAAGAAAUGGCAAACUGUUGAUCCUCUCUUAAAGUCCUACUUACGGAGUUCUCUUAAUCUGCUUAGUCAACUUACUGAUAACAAAAUACUUGCCUUUGUUUUGACUCGGCUGAGAGCGUCAGCGGUUCUUUUUUCUGCGUAUCCAUCAACAGCAAGUACGCUUCUCAAGAUUUUAUUUCGCUUGUGGGCAAGUGGUGAUCAGAGCUUGUCUCUGUCUGCAUUUCUUAUGAUCCGAGAAGUAGCUUCACUGUUACCCGAUUGUUUGGAUCUCUGCUUAAUUAAAGCCUACAAUACAUACCUUGCCAGUACCAAGCUUGUGAACGACAGAAAUACAAAGCAUAUUGAUUUUCUGAUGAACUGUCUGGUAGAGCUGUAUUCUCUGGAUGUUCAGAACUCAUGUGAGAGGGCAGUAACCUCUGUGGGGCAACUGAAUGCUAUUCUUAGACAGGCUUCUAAAACAAAGGAAAAGGAAGACCUUAGGAAGAUAGAUAACUGGCAAUAUAUCAAUUGUGUGAACCUAUGGGUUCGGUUUCUGUGUUGUAACUACAAGGAUUACAAUCUCCAUCCAUUAUUUUCUCAAGUGCUUCAAGUAUUAAGAGGAGUGGCUCACUUAUUCCCAGGCACACGGUACUUACCGUUAAGAUUGAAGCUUGCGCAGAUGCUGAAUGAGCUUUCCACUUGCAGUCAGAUGUUCUUUCCCAUUCCAUCAUUGCUAUUUGACUGCCUCGAAUUUAGAGAGAUCUCUCAAAAAGAACAAACACAAAAAACAAAGGUUAACUUCUUAUCGCUAUUGAAGGUGCCAAAGAAUAUGCUGAAAUCCAGAGAUUUCCAAGAGGAGUGUGUUCUUUCAGCAAUCCAGGUUCUAUCAGCACAUUUUGCCCAAUGGAGCUACCACAUAUCUUUCCCAGAAGUAGCCACCAUUCCUCUUAUCCUCUUGAAAAGACUACAUGAGCAGACAACAAUUGAAUCGCUUCACCGCCCUAUUAAACGAUUGAUAGAUCAGGUAAAUGAGAACAAGGAAUUUAUUGAAAGGAAAAGAGAGGUGGUAUCCUUUUCACCCAAUGACAAGGCACCAGUUGAUAGCUUUCUUCAGGAGGAGAAGAGCAGUGGAAAUGCUUCAUUUACACGAUUCUAUGCAUCCAUAGCGGAAAACCGUCAACCAAAAGGGAGAAAGACUUGAAAGUGCCAACGGAAUAACUGGGAGCCAUCUGGAAACUGGUUGGAUGCCAAGUGAGGACUGGGAAAGAUUGCUUUAAUGUGGAACAUGCAUGUAUUGACCCUUGCAUUUUGGUCGCAGAUACAUGCUGACUCGCCGUUGUGUAACAUGAACUGAUGCUGCUACUCAGUUAUUCAGAUUGGGCGACGAGCAUUAUGCGCUCAGCAAUUUUGUGUCAUUGUAGCCUUGCGAUGCAUUUGUACACUAGUGUUGGUUUGAAUGGACACGGAAGGAAUGAAAAAGUUUGCUGCUGCUGGUUGAGUC